AUGCAUGGCGAUGAAUCUUCUGCAGAUGCAGCUUUGUCUCACGAGCAGGAAAUCCGUCGAGAGGUGUUCGCAUCAUUGGACAAGAUCAUUCAAGAAAUGACGACUCGAUUCCAGCAAAUUCAAGAAAUAUCGGACAAGUUCGGAUUUUUGAUGCCAGCAAAACUUUUGGACAGCAAGUUCGAGUGUGAUCUUUCCCAUGUAUUAGAAGACAUCGACAAGGACGAGUUUCAGAUGGAGCGGAAGCGUCUCCAGCAAUUUAUUGCCUGUUCUGAAUCAGAGGAAGAUAUAAGUGGUAAAGGACCACUGGAGCUCCUCCAGUUCAUUCAAAAACUGAAUCUCGGAAUUUCGGUUCCAAAUAUAGUCAUCUUGAUUCGUAUAUAUUUGACUUUGGCGAUUAGUGUGGCAAGCUGUGAGAAAAGUUUUUCGAAGUUGAAGCUAAUAAAAAAUUACCUCAGAUCUACUAUGAGCUCCGCUAGAUUAUCAAACUUGGCUAUAUUGUCGAUUGAACAAGAAUUGGCUGCUAAUAUUGAUUUUGACAAAGUUAUUUCUGACUUCGCUGCUCAUAAGGCUCGUAGAAUCCGCUUGUAA